AUGAACGGUCCCUCUUUAGCCAUGACCUCCUGCGCCCCUUUCGCUGUCCGGGCCAACGACGGUAGCCCGCCGACUGUUGACUCUACCGGCGCCGACACCCGGCCAGGAAUUCGCCGAAGACGUCACAGCCACUUCAUCCCACGCCGCCGGAAAUCUAUAGUAUCCUCCAUCAUGGAGGGCGAGGAGGCCGUCAUCCUCAAGGUCGACCUGUUCCUCUCCGAGCUUGAGCGAAGGCUGGAAUUCCUGGAGAGCUAUACCGACUUCACAGUGGAUUCGACCCUCUCGAGGGCCUACAACACGUUGCAGACUGUCCGGUCACGAUGCAGCCAAGUUUCCGAGGAGGUUAUCGGUGAAGGCCGGAGGCGCUUCCACGUCAUGAUGGAGACCAUGGAGUACAGGUAUCAUGACGCACUCGAAGCCGCCGACUCAAUGAGCGACAAGGCGCGCGUCAGCAUCGAGCUGCUUGACACCAUGCUGUCCGACGUCGAGACGCGAGCCCACAAGCUUCGCCAGCGUGGGUUACAGAACAUGACAGACGCGGCAGAGAUCGUCAUCGGCGAGGGCCGUCACGUCCUUGACAAGGGCCUGGACAAGGCCCGCGGCGUGGUCGAGGAGGGCCUCCGUGGCGCAAAGCAUGCCGCCGAGAGCCUCGAGGACAAGAUCCAGAAGGCUAUGCUCCGAGCCAAGGAGCACGGCCUGAUUUGCUAUGAAGACCUUCCCGUGCCGUGGAGGGUUAACCCCCACAUUGUGAGUGGAUAUAGGUUUACUGAAACCUACUCGGGAUGCAUCCGUUCAGCAUUUGGCAUCUCGAACGAGCUCGUCAACAUAUGGUCCCAUGCAAUCGGCCUCAUCCUCGUCCUCGCCUUGGCAUUUUACUUCUACCCAACGAGCAUCAACUUCCAUCUCAGCACCAACGCAGACGUCUUUAUCGCGGCCAUCUUCUUCUUUGCAGCCUGCCAGUGUCUCGUAUGCAGCACAAUCUGGCACACCAUGAACGCGAUUACUGAUGUCAAUCUAAUAUCGACAUUUGCGUGCGUGGACUACACCGGCAUCUCCCUCCUGAUCGCUGCGAGCAUCAUGACUACCGAAUAUACAGCCUUCUACUGUGAGCCUGUCAGCCGGUGGGUAUACAUGGUCGUAACAGGGCUCCUGGGCCUCGGGGGCGUCAUACUCCCCUGGAAUCCGACAUUCAAUGGGGCAGACAUGGCAUGGGCUCGAGUAGCAUUCUUUGUCUUUCUCGGUGCCACGGGUUUCCUGCCAAUCAUGCAACUGUCCAUAUCGCGCGGUACCGAGUUUGUCUGGGAAUUUUACUCACCCAUUGGUAAAAGCCUUCUGGUCUAUGUCUCGGGUGCCUUCGUGUACGCGAGCAAGGUGCCUGAAAGGUGGUUCCCAGGGAUGUUCGAUUAUUUUGGCGGAUCACACAAUCUGUGGCACUGUGCAGUUCUGGGUGGGAUCUUGUUCCAUUACACGGCCAUGCAAGAAUUUUUUGCACAGGCCUUCAGGCGAGCAGAGGGCGGAUGCCCCUCAUAUUGA